AUGGCUGUCGAUAACGCAUCUACGCUUGUGCGUUGGGCCUCAAUGGAGGAGGAACAAGCCGGCCGCCGCGCGACAAGGAGGACGUCUAAACAAAUCGAUAGGGAGUGUGGUGGCGGCGCUAAAAAAACUAAUGCGUCCGUCGCUCGUGGCAUUGGGCAGAAAAAAGUGGCGGCAAAAAAGGUCGCGCGCGGUCAACAGGAGGCCGGCAAGAAAGCGGAAGACAAGGGGCCUAAACCAACGCCACGCAAGCGUGUUUCUACAGUGAACAAAGAUGCGGAUGUUGCCUCUGCUGGAACCGAGCCCGGUCCAAGUAAAGACGGCACCACUGGCGGCAACGAAGAUCCGGGGCGAGGGAGCGCGAGUCUUGCACUCCCGUCGGCGGAGAUGGAGGGAUCGGUGACGGAGGGAAAUCACGGAGGCGAUCCCCGCGCCAAGCAUGCCGCAACCAAGGAGUCCAAGGCGGCGGCAACGCAACACCAUCUGACGCUGCUCCAGCCGACCGUGGUCGAAGUUUCUACAGCUGUGCUGGAUAAGGACAAGGUGGGGGAGCACGAGUCGGUGGGGCUGGUCGGUGGCUCUCCACCUUCUGGUGGACGGGGGAGGCGUAGGCAGAGGAAGAGCGAUGGGGAGGACGAUUAUGACACCGCCGUGCCCGGGGACCUCGUUACGCGGGCGAAGAGGUGGCAGAUGACAAGUAGUGCUAACGACGCCGGAGGCGCGGCAGUUGGGACACCGCGAGGCGCCAAGGAAGCUAGUGGCAAGGCAGGUGGUCAAGCAUUGCGCCAAAAGGGCCGACCCGCAGCAAGAAAAGCAUCCGGCGGAAGGAGAGGCAAGAAAGAAGCGAUGGGAACAAAGCCGAAACAGGGCGAUGAAGACCCCAGUGAUGCGGAGGAGGAGGAGGAUGAGGAGGAUGCGGAGGGAGAGGAGGAUGAAGAGGAAGUGGAGGAGGAUGACGCGGAUGUUGGGGAGGAUGAAAAAGAUGAGAAUGAUGGCAGGGAGGACGAUGAGGAGGGGGAGGAGGAGGAGGAGGAUGAGGAGGAGGAGGAGGAGGAGGAGGAGGAGGAGGAGGAGGAGGAGGAGGAGGAGGAGGAGGAGGAGGAGGCAGAGGAGGAGGAGGAGGAGGAGGAGGAGGAGGCAAAGGAGGAGGAGGAGGAGGAGGAGGAGGAGGAGGAGGAGGAGGAGGAGGAGGAGGAGGAGGAGGCAAAGGAGGAGGAGGAGUAG